GAGGCAAUACGUGCGUGCGUUAGCCUGGCUGAUCGCUCGAGACAAUGCCGAGAAUAGAACUGCAGCUAAAGGCUACACUGGAGAAUUUGACGAACCUCCACCCGUUUGGAGACGACUUUCGCUGGUAUCUCAAGAUUCGAUGCGCCAACUGUGGCGAAGAAACGAAAGAUUUCGUAUAUCUUUGUGCAAACGAAACUCAUCAAAUUAAAGGAAGUCGUGGGAGUGCUAAUAUGGUCACAAAGUGCAAGUUGUGCAGUAGAGAGAACUCCAUUGGUAUUGUGAAAGACUCUAUAGGCAUAUACAUGAUUGAAGACAGCAACAUUUUCAAGACGAUAGUUUCAUUUGAGUGUCGAGGAGUUGAGCUAGUAGACUUCUCUCCUAGGGUGGGGUUUUCUGCUGAAGCCACUGGCAGUCAUACAAAGUACGAAGAUAUUAACCUCGGGGAUAGGGACUGGGCUGAAUAUGACGAUGAUGGUGAUCAAAGUGUGGGCAUCUACAGUCUUGAGCACCGAUUCAUUCCUAAAAAAUGAAACUACCUGGACUUGACUUGUAAGCGAGAGAUGCGCUUUGGUAGCCAUCCAGGAUAUGUUUGGCUACACAGCUGCUGGUAAAAUUUCCACCGUUGCAAAUACCGUCCAAAAUUUAAAUAUAUGAAAUCUAUGUAUAUAUUAUAUAUACCAUCAUAUAUUACAACAUAUUA